CAGGCCGCUCAUACUCCAAGACCCUACAGCAGGCGCCGCUCUCUUUACUUCCCCGUCGUCACUGCCAGGAGCAUUUCCAUGGUGCCUUCACAAGCCGCAUGCUCUGUGCUGGCAGCAUCCAGUCGGAGAGGCGUGUGGACAGUUGCCGUGGCGACAGUGGAGGUCCCUUGGUGUGUGAGCGUCCGGGAGGGGGUUGGGUGGUUUACGGGGUCACGUCCUGGGGCCAUGCAUGCCGGACGCAGCAGUCCCCUGGGGUAUACACCAAAGUCUCUGCCUUCAGCUCCUGGAUACGCAAGGUGAUUGGACGCAGCGACAGAAAAGAGAAAAGGCGAUGAAAGGUGAAUGAUGAAAGAUAUGACCUUUUGAUCAGGAAGAAUGACUCUGAAAAGACUUACUUGGUCAGGUGACAACUGAUGAAUAACUGAUGUCCUCAUACUGUGACCUGUGAUUAUCCAGUGAUGUAAGUUAUAACCUGACUUUUAAAUGAAGGGGGCAAGGCAACGCUGGACUUUUUCUCCUCUAGAAACGUUUUAUAUUUUUGGGAGAGAUGAAGGCAUGUCUUUUCUCUCAUCUAAGUCAUUAGCACUUAUUUUAAUGAUUUAAUUUUCUCAUGAAUGGCAAGGUAUCAGAUGGUGUUAAAGCUUAACUCAAGAAAAUGCCAUAACUUAAAUAUCUUUUUGUUGUUUCUUGUGAUAUUUCAUACUACACUAAAAUGUCUUCUCAAAAUAAUGUUUUCUGUGCUUGCUUUUGUUAUAUUGUAAUUUAUGAUAUGAAAUGUGUGAUUAAUCAUGUUUUAAAAGGGACCACAGUGUGAAAACCAAUGUACAGUAUACGUGCAUGCACUCAUGCAGACACAGUAGGUAAUGGCAUGAAAUGAAUUUGCAGACUUGCACCAAGACCCCCCCCUUUAGGUACUUAAUGCAUGAUAUUCAGUGCUUUUGUGUUAAGCAUUCAAGUCAUAUUGACAUUUGCCAAAGUGAAAUAUGUCUUUCAACAUUAUUUCAUUCUUGUUGUCAUGUAAUGUUUCUCCAUUGUCCUUUUUGUUCUACUGUGUAAAAAGAUUUCAGGUCUUAAUACUUACUCAGGCAUUUAUAAUUUAUAUCCAGUCAGUAUUUGUCCUUGACUCAGUGCUGCUUGACAUUUGCAGAGAAAGGAGGAGACUGAAGUGUUUGUGAAUCAAAGCACACAACAGUGUUGUCAUAUCAACACUGUUAAUUCAUUUUCUUUUGUUCUAGUGGGGCAAUUAAGUGUUGUCACCACUAAAGGGAGACAAUCUGGUACACUUGAAAAAAACAAACAGACACAACAAUGCCUUCUUAUUUGGUGUUUACUGACUGACGUGUUUUAAUGUACUGUAACAUUUCUUCAUAAACGUACCUUUUGUAAAAAGUCUGAGUGUGUUUAUUAAGACAUUUAAUAAUCUGUUUAUGUAUGUUUUGGUGUUACUGCAUAUGCUUUCUAAGUGGUUGUUGUUUUUUAUAGUACACUUUCUGUCACAUCUGAAAGGAACGACGGAGCUCUUUCAGGUUUGUUUCUGACUGCAAACUGUCAAAGUGAGCACCACUAUGUCAGACAAUGCGUAUGCACACACACCCACGCACAGUGUCUGCAGGAAUGGCAGCCAUUUUCUGAGUUGUCCUCAAUUUUGAGAACUGGGACCAACUGUUUGAGUGAGAACAUGU